AUGCCGAUGCCCAGUGCCAGGCCAAUGUCUCAAGCCUGCCAUGUCCCUGCCUCCUCUUCCUCACGGCCGCCCAGCGUCUUCUCCGCUGCAUCAAUUGACACACUUGUUGCUGAUCAGAGUUAUCGAGGAUUUCCUUCUCGAGAUGCCUACUUGACAGCGCUGCGAGACUGGGCCGAGUCCAAGAUGUAUUACGAGGGGAACGAGCAGUUACGUGGCUUCUACGGCACCAAGACCGUUGAGAACUACCUUACGGGCCCUGGCUCCAGAAAUACGCAUAAUAGGAGCACCAACAGAAGGACCACCCUGGCCAAGCUGCACACAUUGCCAGAGACCGAGUCUGCCACUGUUCCGGAGGCGACAGCCGAUCAAGCAAAACCGAGCAGAUUGAAGAGAGUCUUUAUGGAAGAUGGGCUACAGUAUAUCAAGAAUGCCAUGAUGCAGCUUUAUUCCUAUGCCACAGCGCUUAUCCAACGGAGACAUAAGCAUACGGUGUGGGUGCUACUCAGAAGCUUUUCAGCACACUUCACUUGUAGUCAAAUGGUAUCCUUCAUGUCACUCAACGACUAUCUUGCAGCGCAGCAAUAG